CAGUUCAGGAUUGGUUUGUGCCAUGGCCACCAGGUGGUGCCAUGGGGUGACACCGAUAGUUUAUCUGUUCUCCAACGUCAAUUAGAUGUAGAUAUUUUAAUUUCUGGUCACACUCAUAAGUUUGAAGCUUAUGAACAUGAGAACAAGUUCUAUAUCAACCCAGGGUCUGCUACAGGAGCAUAUAAUGCCUUAGACAGUGGUGUGGUUCCAGCUUUUGUGUUACUUGACAUCCAACAGUCAACUGUGGUCUGCUACGUCUAUCAACUUAUUAAUGAUGAUGUCAAAGUGGAGAGAAUAGAGUACAAGAAACCGUAGAGUGGCAGUCAUUGAAAAACUGAUUAAAUUAUUGUCGUCUGCUGUUGAUGAUGCAUUAUGGGAAAUCAAAGAUAAUUGAGUACUAGAAGAGGAAAAAUAGUAAAGAAACCUUAUGAUAGAGUGGCAACCAUUUAAACAUUGUUAAUGUAUUGCCGUCUGCUACCAUUUGAUGCAUUAUGGGAACUCAAAUAUAAAUUGUGUCAGCUCCAUUAGAAAUAACUGAUUUUAAUGAUGCCCCUGGGCAGAAAUCUAUAAGGAGAAUUGAUGAAGAAGUUGAUUUUAACAAUAAGUUCAUUGACGAUGUACCAUAGUAUUUUAUGCAUUGUUUGUGAAAUAUGAUGUUGAAAUAAUUGUGCAAUAGUUAUGUGAAUGAAGAAGACUGAGAAAAGGGAUUAUUCUAAAAAGUUAAAAUCUGCA